GUCAACGCAACCACUCAAAGUGGAAACUUCAACGCUGAUAAUAACAAAAAUGAGCUGGUACCAACUCCUCGACGGCGUCAAAGAGAGAACAGAUUUCGAUUUCAAAGGAUCAAUAAUAAAUAUUGAAAGCAAUGACAAUCUUACUCCAAGUGGAGAUGUGGCAAUAGAAAUACCAUCGGAUGACCUUACUGCUGUUAUUGAGGCCGUGAAAGGAGAAAACCAAGAGAAUUUACUUAAAGUUGAUGGAGCAAAUUUUAAAUAUCAACGAUCUCUAAUCAAUGAUUCGGAAACUGUAAGAAAUUCAAUCUGGACAAUUCCAGAGGGGGAGAAUACCCCUGGAGCUAUUGUAACAGUAAUUUUGAAAAGCAAGAUAAUCUUGCUCAUUCGAACGUAUGGAGAGAAUAAAGAUAACGUAGAAACUGCGAAAGCUCACAACUUAUUAGAUAGAAUUAUUCGUAAUUUAAUAGAUUUAAUAUAG